AACAUUCAGGCACCAGCACCACACCACACAGAAUAGUCGAGGCGUCUGGAAUUAUUCGACACAGGAAAGGGUGCAAAUAGCCCGAGAAUAAGUUGUCAUUACUAAUAUUAAUAGAUGAGAACAUUUGACUGAGUAGUGCUAAGUAAACAUAUACAUAUAGUAUAUUAAAAUUGUAUCUAGAGUUUUCCAACUAAAACCUGCCACAUUAAAACCAAAAAUAAAGGAAGCUGCAAGAUGAAACAGCCAAACAUUUUAAUCACAGGAACGCCCGGCGUUGGCAAAUCGCAUCUGUGCAAGCGACUGGUCGAGCAGCUUGGAUUUAAAUGGCAAAACGUAUCUGACAUCGUAAGCGAACAUGGUUUUGUCGAAGAGUACGACGAGGAAUUCGAGUGUCCUGUAUUAGACGAGGACCGUCUGCUUGAUUAUCUGGAACCGAUCAUGCAGGACGGAGGAAAUGUGGUUGAAUAUCACAGCUCGGAAUUUUUCCCCCAGCGCUGGUUCGACGUUGUCUACGUGGUACGCUGCGGUACCUCGCUGCUGUAUGAAAGAUUGCAGGCCCGAGGCUACAACGAGCGGAAAGUCAAAUCUAACAUGGAGUGCGAAAUAUUCCAAAUCCCUCUGGACGAAGCCAAAGAUUCCUACCGAAAGGAAAUCAUUUACGAGCUGCAAAGUGACAAAGAUUCGGACCUGGAAGACAAUUUGAAACAGGUGUGCGAGUGGCUGGAAAGCUGGCGAAGUGCGCACGAAAAGAUGCCGUAAAUGUCUGAACAUUUUUCAAAAAAAAAAUUGAGAUCAAAUUCAAUUUGCUUCCGGUUUGUAGAACCCACCUAUUGCAUCCCUUACUGUUAGGUUUGCGCAGUGUUCAGGAUAAUAAUUUCAUGCAUGAGUUUUUGUUUUGAACAAAUCAGCAUUUAUUAAUCCAUUUUUGGCCUUUCUAAAUUGUUAGUUAUGCAAUUUUUUACGAAAUAAAAAUUCUAAUCCCUUGUAAA